CCCCCUGCAUCUUUGCUGCGUGUGCCCACCUGGCUCAAUACGUACUUCUACAAUACUAUGCAGAGCACUAGGUCAUGAAUCAAUUUCGAUCUUGAACUCACACUCAAGUGACGCCCAUUAUCAUGUCUACUUGGUAUUCUUCCUGGUUCCCUGGACUUCCGUCGUUCGACUUCUCUUUACCCUCCGCAAUUCAGCGUCGGUUUCUUUCGUUCGUUCUCAAGAAGUCACUGGGACAUCUUCUUAAGCCAGGGCAGCUCGAUCUUCAUCAAAUAGACUCGCAGAUAGGAUCUGGGGUCGUGCAAGUAAGGGAUCUUGAGCUAGACGACCAGGCGAUCAAUAAAAUUCUAUCAGGAUCACCCUUUAGGCUCCAUGAUGGCUCCAUAUCUUGUGUAACUGCGCAAAUUCCAUUCCCCAAUCCUCUCACUUCCAGUGUAGGGCUUUCGGUACAGUCACUGCACCUCACAUUGCAUGCGACUCCCCCAUCCGACCCCGGCUCUCCAAACAGUGUCAACCUUGCGCAAUCUGUUGCGUCAGUAGCAGAGACAUUCAUUCAUGGCGAGCUUACCCCCCGAGAAGAAGCUACACUCCGAGAGUCUUUGUAUUCAGAUUCCCGACCGCCGCACGUUCAUGACGAGGGUCAUCACCUUCCCGGAGGACUUGAUUCCUCUAACCACGCACAUCAUAAAGAAGAAAUUGGCAUUGAUUCUGACCCUUCUGGGGUAUCUCUAUUCGCUACCCUCUUCGAACAUUUGCUUGCACGAUUCGAGUUCUCUGCUGUGGACACGAAAAUAGUCAUCGUCCACCCCGGACACUCAAGCUUCACCCUGUCAAUACCCGAAAUUGCAUAUAGUACGGACUCAGGUGUUCCAAAGCAGCAAAGUGCUGGUGAUGGGCCAUCGAGCAACAGUGCUCUUGAAAGAAGCCCACAUAGUGGUCACAUACGUACAGUCUCGAUAUCAGGUGUGACCAUUACCUCUCGGGACAUUCGGGCUACUGCACAGCGCCCUGUCGUCUCACCACGGACUAUGUCGCCUGUGUCGCUUACUUCGUCCCAUGUCACGCUGCACGAUCAUCAGCGGGCUCCUCGUCCAGUAUCACCCGCGUCCUCUUAUUCCUCCAUCGACGAAGACACGCAGAUGAUGAUGUCGCAGUCCAUUGUUGCUCUUCCACCACGUAGUCAGUUUCGUGCUUCCCCGUCUAGCUCAGUAAUCAGUAGCAUGUAUCAGAGCGCGGUCUCUACUACUGGCUGCGGCUCCUCAGCCAUCGCACCAGCCCUUGAGCCCCUCGGAAAACUCGAUACUGGACAUAUGCCUCAGCCAUACUCGUGCGAUCACACAGCAGGCAAUCGAGAGUCCACCCAUGUACCUCACUGGGCCACAGAAGAUCUGGUUUUUUCUUUCGGUGCAGAUCCUAUUGUUGUUCGACUACAAACGCCGCCUAGCUACACAAAUCAUGACGUAGCGCACGCACCGGCCCCUGAGAUAGUUUUGCCUGCUACGGAGAGCAUCGUGGUCAAGGAGGACGAAGCCCUAAGUCUCAGCGUCAGUGUCGGCGUCAUGUCUUGUGCUCUUCGCGCUUGUCACGUCCGCAUGCUAUUGGAAAUGCUCAAUUACUGCAGAUCCAAGGAUGCUGAUACUCCUCAAUAUCCUGAGGUUACACCGAGCUCACCAAUUUUUCCGUGCGCCUUGCACGCAAGUCUAAAUAUCCGCGGAAUUGUGACCCUUUUGAUCUCUGAGGCCCUAGAUCAAGAAGUUCCUUCGCUGGAAGCAUUCUUCCAAAGCCCACUUGUCCCUCCGAGAUUACCUUCGACAUACUUACGCGUAUUGUUGGAGAAUGUUACAGGUUCUCUUGAUUUGUCUGGGGCUCCCGGAAAUCAGACUGAUGCAGCCCACGUUUCUCCGAUAUCAACCAACAUAUUCCUCUCAAAUCUCUCGGUGUUCAUGUACCACUCUUCCAGGAGUAUCGAUAACGACGUGGCGCAAGUUUCGUUACCCCUCCUGAUUACGGAUCAUCAUCUGCACAAUCAAUAUAUCGUCAGUCAUUGUCGUCCAUUUUUCUCUUCGACACCCAUUCCAGCACAGCCGCUUUCCGAAGUGACAUUGCCGACUUUUGAGGUGGUGGAUUGGACUGCUGUGAAACUUGCAGGAGGCUCUUCAAAGCUCUCGACCUGGAGAGUGAAGUCAUCCACAGGGAAGGAUCAAGUAGUACACAGUCCACCGUCCAAACCAUCUGCAUUAUCGACUUCUCCAAAGCCACCCACAGCAGCUUUGUCGAGUGAAGAGCUCGAGGAGUUGUCAUCGUCCAGGGCUAUUACCUUCACCGCUCAUGUAUCCCCUGCGACUACUCGUUCAGGGGGUUUGACCGACAUCUUGCUUCGGAUCGCACCGUUACACGUAUUCUUCGACGUCGACAUGAUGCUUGAGGGCGGUGGUAUGCUCAAGUUUCUUGACGAAGUCCUAGCAGUUGAAGGAUCUCCUGCUCGGGACGUUUCCGACACGUCUCAAGGGCCUAGUUCACUGGACGACACUGAUGAGGAGGAUUCAGGAAGCGAUGAUGAAAUCAACAUUCCAGUCAUGACACCAAGGCAACUCGAACGCGCGCGCGAGAGAAGACGCUUGGAAAGACUUGUCCUCGAGGACUUGGACUUAGGCAUUGACUAUCGGACUGGGGCACCAUCGAGACAGAGACCCCACAGCAAGCGAGCCACAAACGCCAAAAAGUCCAAAUCCAAGCAGAUGCCGCGUACAGAGAUCACCAUUAUCCUACCUGCUCUCCGCGCUGAGGUUCGAUGCAAAUCACCAUCCCUUCAGUCCUCCCGAUCAGGAGGCAUCAUACUGGAUGUCCAUGACGUUCAGAUAUCUAACAAACCCCUCAACCAAGAAGCAUCGACAGUCAGAUUCGGUGAUGGUGGUGAAUUAAGGAGACCCAGUGUCAAAAAACUGCCAGGACAACUCUUGAGUGGCCAUAUCAAGGGAGUUGUUUUAUCCUACGCGCGCGCAGGAGAUUCAAAGGCGCAUGCCUUCAUAUCGCUUGGUUCUUUACCACGAACGGAUGACAUUCACCCUGGAUCGGCUUCGUUGCUGUUGUCAGAACAGGCGCUGGACUCACUUCCCAUUCGCUUUCAAUUGAUGCAACUGGCUCCAUCAAAAUCUGCUGUAUCUUCCUCGGCACAUAGGACUUCCAUCAUCGUUAACGUCCCAUUGGUCAACGUCGUCCUUGAAAAGCCAGUGUUCGAUGGUUUGCAAAUCUGGGCUGAUAGUGUCGCGCAAGCAAUCACCGCCGCCACAGAGGAAACAGAUACUGAAGUGGCUCACAGCCGCAACCCGAGCAUGAUUGGCAGUAGGUUUUUCGCCAAAUCAAGGCGCGUUGGGAGUCGUGGUAGUGACGAGAGCAGCUUCGGCACAAUAGCGUCAACGCCGAAACAAAGCGAGACGGCUGUGAAAGUGAUCAUUGCCGAAGCUCUAGUAAGAAUACUGACAUCCCGUUCCCAAUCUUCCGUGCCCUCGAUUCGUCCUUUCGAUAUAUCCGCCUCGGACAUUGACGUCCUUGUUGAACUGAAACCUGAUGGCAAGGACGAGACUGUCAUAACCUCAAGCUUGAUGAACCUUCACGUCGGGGAGGUGUCGCCUAAGUGGGAGCUCGUACCUCUCCUCGUGCUGACAUUACCUCGCAGUCUGUCCUCUGUGCCAAGGCCGAUGGUAAAGGCUCGCUUCGCUUCGCUCGUUGUUCCCGAAACUGGUGCAAAAGAGACCAAGAUACGGCUGGCUCUCUGGGGCUUCACUUGCCAUGUCUAUCCUGAUCUGCGGUGGAUUUCGGAUGUAGCUCAGUUUAUGAAAGCACCACCGGGGGUCUUCGAAUCAGUUGUUCCUUCCGAGCGAACCUCUCUUUCUUUCGCAAUUGCAGAUGUCUCGAUCAAGACGUAUGCCCCUAGCCACCCUGGUGCUGCAGUCGUGUACAUUGGCGAAGCCGAGCUAAACACCGAGCUUGCUGGUAAUUCCAGCGAGUUCAAGUUCAAGUUGCUAGUCCCUUCCUUGUCAUUCUUAUUGGUCGAUUCCAUGGCCGAUGCCCUCAAUGGUCCAGGAUCCGCCAACACAAGCGGAGGAUCCAGUCUCAACUUGUGGAAGAACUUUGGGUUUGCAUCGAUCGCAGAUAUCGGAGAUCUGGACCUUGUGUUUAAGACUGACAACGCUUGUGUCCCUCCGAGCGUCGGCGUACUUGUGAAUCGAGUCAGCUUGCGGGUGCACCUAUGUGCGGACACUAUAGCUGCGUUAACGGGCUAUAUCGGUGACUUCACGUCCAUACUCAAGCCCCCAUCUCCUGUGGAACCGGCGGUGUCUAGCAAGAAAGUUCCCGCUUCCCUUGUUCAUCGUCCGCCUGAGCAAGGCAUGAUGGCAUCUCUCGACGAGCAAGCUUUCAGGCGGAUUCCUGAUGUCGGUAAUGCAGCCGAUAUGAUCAGCGAUGACUUACCGACGAAUCUCGACUACCUGGACGAAUCUUUUGGUUCGGCUGCUGGUUUGCGAGAGCUUCGGGACGAUGACCUAGAAGACUUCGAUGUACAAGAGGACGGCCGAACGACACCGGUAGCUGGGGAAACGGGAGUUGUUUCCAAUGUGGGAGGAGAAACAAUCCGCAUCAUCAAGCCUAUCCGUCCUAUCGAGCAUUAUUAUGACACAAUUCCUCCAGAAAACACGGGUGAUCUUGCUAGUCUACGUGACACUAUUCUCCGAGUGCGCAUCCAUGACUCUGACAUAUCGCUUUUUCUACACGACGGUUACGAUUGGCCCCGCACACGAAAAAUUGUGGAGCAAGAAAUCAAAGACAUGCGCAAGAAGUUAGCCAAGAUUAGGCAGCUGAUUUCCGCUGGCCAGACUCAAGACCCUAGUGUGGAAGAGACAAGCACGAUGCUGUUCAACUCAAUUCAUAUUGGCCUUGAUCAGGACUUUGAUAAUCUUGAUCCGACAGCCCUUGUCGCCGCCAUUGAUGAUGAACUCGACGAAAACGCGGAAACAGAAAGCCACAGUUCUUGGCAAACCCUCCCUUCAGCAUCACCUGGACAACAACAGCGAAUACCCUCUGCUCGCAUUCAUGGGCGAAGAUUGACAAGGUCUAAGGGCCCAAGUAUCGAAAUCAGACUAAUUGGCCUAGAUGCUGAAGUCGAUAAUUAUCGUCGUCGUCCGACAGAUCCGCUCAUCUCCAGGACUCUCGUUGUGAUAAAGGAUGCUGAAAUUUUGGAUCACGUCAAAACGUCCACCUGGAGAAAAUUCUUGACCGAACUACGGUCGGACUCUCGAGGCAAUAUUCGUGAGACGGACUCCAGUAUGGUUCGCGUCGAACUCAAGACUGUCCAACCAUCUCCUUCCCAUCCCUCCCAAGAAACACGUUUACGCGCCAAACUCCUCCCGUUGCGACUAUAUGUUGAUCAGGAUGCACUCGACUUCCUGAAGAAGUUUUUUGCCUUCAAAGAUCCCGACAGUCCGUCUGCACCUGUUGAUGCUCCUAGCGAGGAGACAUAUAUUCAGCACGCCGAGGUCUUCCCAAUUGAUCUCAAGCUCGAUUACAAACCUCGACGCGUAGAUUACCGAGCUCUGCGAGAGGGAAAAACGAUUGAGCUCAUGAACUUUUUCCAUUUUGAUGGCGCGGAGAUGACUUUGAGACAUCUGACUUUGCACGGGAUUACGGGUUGGCCCCGGUUUUUUGACACAAUAAACGACCUCUGGACGCCAGAUGUCAAGGCAACCCAACUUGUGGAUGUCAUUUCUGGCGUAGCACCCAUUCGUUCUAUGGUCAAUGUUGGCUCUGGAGUAGCGGACCUCGUCUUGCUGCCUAUUGCACAGUACAAGAAGGACGGACGCAUCGUCCGUGGUGUUCAAAAGGGUACCAAGGCAUUUGUACAGUCAACUGCAAUGGAGGCGAUCAAACUUGGAGCUCGGCUUGCUACCGGCACUCAAGUCAUUCUGGAGCAAGCUGAAAGCGUGCUUGGAGGCCAGUUCAAGGAUUCCAUUACGACCGAAACGUUUCACAUACCAUAUGAUGACUCUGGGGACGGACCGGAUGAAGAAUUAAUCAGCAGAUAUGCGGCCCAGCCCGCUGAUGUUACGGAGGGAGUUCAAUCAGGAUAUCGCAGCUUGCAAAGAAACUUGCAUUCUGCUGCCCAAACAAUACUUGCUGUUCCCAUGGAAGUGUAUGAGAAGUCCGGAAACGAAGGUGCGGUCCGAGCUGUGGUGCGAGCUGUCCCAAUCGCAGUCUUGAAGCCCAUGAUUGGUGCUUCCGAAGCAGUCGGCAAGACUUUGAUGGGACUUCAUAAUACCCUCGAUCCCAACAUUCGCCAUGAGAAUGCGGCCAAGUACAAACAUCGCUAACAUUCUGCUCACGCACUGUAAUAUAUCAUCAUCAUGGUUGUAUUAGGACCUGUAUCUCGUGGUGUAGCAUCCCCCAUCAUAAGCCUGUAUGCGCAACUUAAUAUUUCAUGCUUUCACCGUGCACGCACUGUUCCUCUGC